CUUUUCUAGCAAACUCUUCACGCGUUGGGUUUACUUUUACGCACAGUAUAUAAUUUUGCUAAGAAAAAAUGGCUGAAUCACAAAAUAAGACUGUUUCUGGUGAUGUAAAUGCUAAACUAGCGGAAUGUGAAAAGAUAAAUGCCGCAUUUAAAGAACGAAUUAUUGCUCUUGAAAAGGAACUCCAGAAAAAAGAUACUGAACUCACUGAAACCAAAAAGCGCAUGUUGGCCAUGGAAAGCGACAUCGCACAGGCCGAGAAAAUAAAAGCAAGUCGCCAAAAGGAGGCUGAAGAAGUUGACGGCUUAAAAUCGAAGUCCGAAGAAACCCUUACAAAAGCAAAAGGAAUAAUCUUCGAAAAAAUGAAAAUCAUCAAAAAUCAAGAACUCCAAUUGGACGCCAUGCACCAACAAUCAGACUCCCUUAAGGACGUUGUGCGCAUUACAAAAGAUUUGUUGGAGAUUCGUAAUUUGGAAGUGAAACAAUUGGAGAAUAAGAUGCAAUGCAUGGAGGACAAGAUAAGGGCUGAGAAGGAGCGACAAGAUUUGAUGCACAAGAAAUUGGAGACUAUGAUUAGACAUAAUGGAGAGUUGAAGAGGGAGUAUGAAGCACAAUUGAUAUUGUUCCAGAGUUUGAGGAAGAAAUAUAAUGAGAGAGAUAUUGCGCAGGAAGUUUGCGAUAAUUUGAUAAAAGAUCAACAAAUGACCAAUGGAGAUGCAGGAACAAGCAGUAUGGCUGAAGAAGCACCUAAACCUGAAGAAACCAAAAAAGAAGAAACUGAAGCACCUAAAAAAGAAUAACCCUAAAAACUGUAAAAAAUAUUAAUAAGAUGUAUAAUAAAACACACAAUUAAAAAUAUAACUUAUUUAUUAACAUAUUGCUGUAUAAUUUACAGUAAACAACUAAUUUGAUGUGUACAUAUUAAUUUUAACAUGAAAAACAUUAAAAACCGAAACGAUAAUUUUUACAGCUACAUUUUUACAAAGAAUUUUUGGAUUGUCAUGAAGAGUUAUUUUUUUAUUGAAAUUUUGCAAAAAAUGCAGCUUGAAAUAUUGGUAUAUACUAAGUGUGUGUAACGGAUAUAAGUGAAGUAUAAAAUGGAAUAAUCAAAUACGUUCUCGUAAAUUUAAAUACAAAAAUUUGAACUAGAC